CACGACCUCACCUCGCAUCUCUACUCCACUCUACACUGAGACUAAUCAAAGCAAAGCAAAGCAACAAGGGAGCGCUAUUUGCUUACAAGACGUAGUGGAUCGAUGGCUCAGCCGAGUGAGCCGCGUUUACUUUGUUUCUUUUGGCAAAUUCUUUUUUUCAUUGGUGGUUUUUGUGGCUGGUCGGCCUGGUCAAGGAGGAUCGGCGGCCCGCAGCCAAGCCGAUAUUACGGUGAGACGGAUAGCUGCUGCAUCUGGCCUGUAAUUACCUUGCCCAUCGAAGUGUAAGGAUAAACUAGAGAUAAAAAGUAUAAAGAGAGCAGCCUGUCCUUGUAGGGCACCAGGCUGCUUCUGCGCCAACUCCUUGCCCCCCACAUUACAAGAUGAAGCUCUCACUUCUUACUCUCCUCCUCACUGCGGCCACCGGUACCAUCGCUGCCCCUGCUGCGGGCGAUGACCCUCUCAACAUUAACCUCUGCGGCCUUGGUCUCGACCUCGACCUGACCCCCCAGGCCGAUGUGCCCCAGAAGUUCUUUCUACAGGCGCACUUUGAGGACUUUAAGGGUCCCACGCAUCGCGUCGCUUAUGGUGCGCCCCGCGACAACUGGGUUCCCACGGAUGGCAAGGGCGUUGCUUUCUAUCUGCGAAAGAACGUCAUGUACUUUAAAGACAAGGACGGCGACGAGCUCGAGGUCGACUUGGGCUAUUACUACCCUAACAUCUUCUACCCUGCCGCCGGCAACCCGAAGGACGGCAACAAGAAGACCAAGGCCUUGCCUUUUGAGGCUCGCUACGUCUGCAAUCCCGUCACCAAGAAGGCCGUCCGUAUUAUAGACUUUACCCCUGCCUUCCGUACCAGCCCUAGUGCCGGCAAGGUAUUUAGCUCGCCCGGAAUGAAGGUCGGCAACGCCUGGACCAUCAGACCAGCACGUAGCACCAGUACCGACAAGAAGCCUCUUCUCUUUGAGAUGGUCAUGGCUUAAGCAAGCCUAUGUGGUCAGAACGAGCCGGUACUACGAUACGGUAUAAGCUAGCUGCAAAUUAUACAUCAUCAAAUGUCUACAGUAGCAUUUCAGGGCGAGAAUGUUUAAUGAAUAGCAUCCAUUACCGCAC